AUCUCAGCUGCAAAAGAAAAAGAAUCUAUUCUGGUGCAUAUAUCUCGGAGGGGGAAGAUCCGGAUCAACUGACACGUCUGGGGAAAGUGCCUACUGGACCAUUAUCAUCCGACCUGGAAGAAGGAAUGUUCCUGAUACCCCAAUUUUUCAGCUACUUCCUUACUUCCCUUAGGAGAUUUUUCUGGGUCAAAAGUUUUUCUAUUUUCUUUCUCCUUCUUUCUCUGUCUUCCAAAGUUUAGCAGAUCCAAGCGGUCUGGCACUUGCCCUUCGUUCAUUCUUCCCUGAAAGAUCUGCAUAUCUAUUUUAAAAAAUCUGAUUGACCUGGGAGAAGUUGCACAACCAGCGAUCCCUGAUCGGAAACCCUGUAAACGGCAUUUACAGGUUGGUCUCUGGCCAAAGCGACCAUUGCCUGAAGUUGGCCGCUAGAUGCCACCAUACACGCAUUUCCCGAAAUUGCCGAUGCGCGGGACUGGCUGCCCAGAUGGGCUACGACCCUCCUAGGUUCUCCUAGCGGCGCCGAGAAAGCCUCUGACUGGCUGGGGAGUAGGGGGAUCCCUAAGUAGGCUAGGCCAGAAUUGUCACGAGGUCAAAGGGGAAGGCGGGGAGAUCUCGCGAUGGCUCCUCUGUCUUAAAGACUGUCAACACGCCGGCUGCUCGGGCUGGAGGCUCUGACAGUCGUUAGGCCUGAGGUGGUGAAUCCGGCGCUCUUGGCCCCCAAGUCCUUUCCAAAUGGAGGAGACGGAUUCAGAAGGACUGCAGACCAAGGUCGUUGAAAAUCAGCCAUAUGAUGAAAGCCUAGAGAUUAAUGACUCUGAAGAGGUUGCAAGCAUUUAUACUCCAACCCCACGGCAUCAAGGACUUCCUCGGUCUGCACGCCUCCCUCCCAAAACCAUGGCUGACAACAGCAGUGAUGAAUACGAAGAGGAGAGCAACAAGGUCCCAAGGGAGGGCAUCCCACAGCCCCCAGGCCACAGAGACAAAGACUCGGACCCUGCCCCUCCUGCCCCUGCAAGCCCCAAGCGCCACCACGCCCCUUCCCGUGGACCUGACAGGGUGGGAUGGUAUAUAGGGAGCCAGAAGCUCAGAAAGGAGAAGAAAAAGGCAACCCAGAUGGCCACUCAGCGUGGCUUCAGUGAGAAUGAGGAUGAAGAGGAAGAUGAUGAUUCAUCUGAAACUGACUCUGAUGAAGAUGAUGAUGAUGAAGAGCAUGGUGCCCCUUUGGAAGGUGCCUAUGACCCUGCAGAUUAUGAGCAUUUACCAGUCUCUGCUGAGAUUAAAGAGCUCUUCCAGUAUAUCACUAGGUAUACACCCCAACUGAUUGAUCUGGACCACAAACUGAAACCUUUCAUUCCAGACUUUAUCCCAGCUGUUGGGGAUAUUGAUGCCUUCUUAAAGGUGCCACGUCCUGAUGGGAAGCCUGACAACCUGGGCUUGUUGGUAUUGGACGAACCCUCGACAAAGCAGUCUGAUCCCACAGUGCUUUCCCUGUGGUUGACAGAGAAUUCCAAGCAGCACAACAUCACACAACAAAUGAAGGUAAAGAGCCUAGAGGAUGCAGAAAAGAAUCCCAAAGCUAUUGACACAUGGAUAGAGAGCAUCUCAGAGCUCCACCGUUCCAAACCCCCAGCUACUGUCCACUAUACCAGGCCCAUGCCAGACAUUGACACUCUGAUGCAGGAGUGGUCCCCAGAAUUUGAGGAGCUUUUAGGCAAGGUGAGCCUUCCCACAGCUGACAUUGAUUGUAGCCUGGCAGAAUACAUUGAUAUGAUUUGUGCUAUCCUGGACAUUCCCAUCUACAAGAGCCGGAUUCAGUCCCUUCACCUGCUAUUUUCCCUGUACUCUGAGUUCAAGAACUCCCAGCAUUUCAAAGCCUUGGCUGAAGGAAAUAAAGCAGGCACUCCUCCAUCCAAUCCCACCUCCCAGGCUGGAGAUGCAGAGACACUAACCUUCAGCUGAGCCCCCAUAAGUCUUUCUGUCUCAAACCUCACACCUGGAUCCUUCAUCCCAGCUGAGAAGGGGAAGUUGAUCUCAGCCAAGCUCAAAUCUUUGCCAUGGGCCAUACUUCUACUCCAGGAAAGACCAUUCAUUCCCUUUUGUUGCCCUCUAGCAACUCAGAGAGAGGUCAGAGAGCACUGCAGACACUUGAUAAAAAGUGCUUACCUAUCUUAGCCUCUGUUUUCACCCCAUCCCAUAUCCCUUCCCUCAGGACGUGGGUAUUCAUACUACAGGGGUUUGAGUUAGAAGGAUAUUCCAUGCAUCUUGGAAUUUCAGAGACACUAGGGAAUACAGAUUGGGAGAGAUGAGGAAACCUAAUAGCUGUCUUAUUUGCAAUAGGAAGGACCUGUUAUCUUUUUACUCAUAGGGUUUAUUGGCAUAGAAAUUAAAAAUAAAAUAUUUUAUCUGUUAGACUUUUUUUCUGUUUUAGGAAAGAGGAAAUGUUGACUGAUGACUAAGAAAUUUGAUGUAUACCAAAGGCAUUAGUAGCAGUUUAAGUAAACCUUUUAAAUCCGA